AUGGCUUCAAGCACGCUCCUCGGGCAUGUGGAUGACAUUAUACUCACUGCCUCAUCCUCGGAGGUCCUUUGUCAGAUCAUCUCUGCUCUACAGCAUGAAUUCAGUAUGAAGGACCUUGGCAAGUUGCAUCACUUUCUUGGGAUGAAAGUUCAGCACCGAGAUGGUUGCAUGUUCCUGUCUCAGCAGCAGUACAUGAUGGAGACUCUGGACCGGGCUGGUAUGGCUGAAUGCAAACCCUACUCUACUCCUGUUGACACCAACCCAAAGGUCUCUACUGAUGUUGGCCAACCAGUUCAGGAUCCCACUUACUUUCGUAGUUUGGCUGGUGCGCUUCAGUAUCUGACCUUCACUCGUCCAGAAAUUGCUUAUGUCGUCCAGCUUUCGGACACUCGCAAGUCCACUUCGGGCUAUGCGGUCUUCCUUGGUGACAACCUCAUCUCCUGGUCCUCCAAGCAACAGAAUAUUGUUUCUCGCUCUCGUGCUAAGGCUGAAUAUCGCGUUGUUGCCAUUGCUGUUGCUGAGGCAUCCUGGCUUCAUCAACUCCCCAGUGAGUUACAGUCUCCUCUACAUCGUUCGACAUUGGUCUACUGUGGCAACAUCAGCACUGUCUAUAUGUCAGCCAACCCUGUCCAACAUCAACACACCAAGCAUAUUGAGAUUGAUCUUCACUUUGUGCGGGAACGCAUUGCUCUUGGUGAUGUCCGUGUUCUUCCCAUUCCCACAUCAUUUCAGUAUGCAGAUAUCUUCACCAAAGGGCUGCCAUCUUCGGUCUUCAUGGAGUUUUGGUUCAGUCUGAACGUCCGUUGCACCAAUGCUCUUGAUGGCACGUGGCUGGACAAGCUGCGCGCGGGCGAGGCCGGCGCGCCCGGUGACGACAUGAAGGCAUUCCGCUACACCAUGUUCUGCCUCCUUGUCAGGCAAGAGGCACGCGGCGGCCCGUGGCUGGAGCUGCGGCUAGAGGUGGUAAAAGAUCCUAAAUUUUAG